ACAACCUUGAGAUAUCUUGACAACUGGCAGCAGACCAAAGAGCAUCCUGAUUACUUAGGAAUGGCGUUGUAUAGUAUCAAAGCACUUUUUACAUAUUUUAAAGCAUAUCAGCCAACUUUGACAACUCAGAGAGAUAUUCAUUACUUAUAUGAGAAGUCUGAGAAAGUCACUGCCGAGAGAUAUGACAAGAUGAUAGAAACAAUUACACAAAAAGUAAAGAACGAAGUCUUUAAAAGAAAGAUCCAAACUGCUAAAAGUGGUAAAAGAGACCAUCUUUCAACUCUUCAGAGAUCUAAAUAAAUCUUGGUUCAUUCCCCCUGAUAAAUCUCAGAAGAAUCUAAAAACAUCAGGUGACUUCCUGAACCAAUGCGCUCCAAAGGAGCCUCUUACAAGUUUGUACAUGAAGACUUAUAAGCAUUUUGGAAAUACUACUCAAGUCGGAAGUUUGAAAGGGUACUUCUCAACAUCAUGUGCAGCCGGAAGUCUUAUUCCUGAUCCAAAGCUUAUUCAUAAAGAAAUGAACAAACCGAAUAUGUUCCAAAAUGACUACGAAAGAAUAAACUCAAAGCUAGAAAACAACUUUAUUCCAAGUGUUCAAAGCCAUUUGCAGGGUCAAUUCAACACUCCAGUGUAUAAUAUUUCAAGAAGAUCUUUGACUAGAGCAGGCCCAAGGUUUGGAAUGACCAGAAGAAGACUUAGUAUGGAAUAAUAUA